CAUGGCUUCAAUUGAAGAAGAAAUGAUACAUAGAAGGCUACUGGUUGAAGGUGAUACUGGAGGAGACGACAAAAGGAUGACACAGUUGCUAAGGUCAAUUCUUAAAUUGGGAGAUCUCUCAGGACCUACCGAUCAAGUCGACAACCCGACGGAAGCGGCCUUUAAAAUAAUCACGACACUGAAUCAGGCUGAAGCGGGAAUUCGGAGGUGUUCUUCGAUUUGUAAAAUGAAUGAAGAUGAAGUUGAAUUCUAUGAACGAGAACUGGAUCAAAUAGAGAGGGCAAUAGAUGAGUCCAAGGGAUCAGUGCAAACAUUCAAAACCUCCCUUGAAGACGCGAAAAAGGUUCGAAAACAUAAGCAAGCUUUCGACUCGUUGGCUCAAACUAUUUUAAAAGAGCCGAGUCGAGAAUUAAGUCACAAAAGACUUGAGGCGAUCAGCGCUGAGAUGGAGCAACUGAAGAAAACUGAAAGCUAUUUGCAGGAGGAACAGAGAGACGUUGAUAGACAUUUCAAGCUUUUCGCGUUUGCUUUAGCUCAACUCAAAUCGCAUCUAAAGGAUAAAGAAUCAAAAGAUAAUGAUUCAAAUCACUUGGAGUCCAAACAAGGCACAGAUGAUGACGAAAUAAUGGAAGUCACGCCUGUUAAAUAAAUAAAACUGUUACGUCUUUGUUAUAUUUGUUGUUUAUGUUAUUUAAACUUCGCGCAAUAAAUGUUUUAUCUCAAAA